GCUGGGAAAGCAGAAAAAAAGAGGCAAACGGAGGGGAGGGGAGCGCCUGGCUACAACAGCCGCUUCACAUCUGGACCAGUGAGAGGCUCCCUGGGCGGCGCGGCUGGGCCAAUCCGGAGCCGAGGCGCCUCUCGCUUCCCCCCCCCCCCCGCAACCAAUAGGAGAACAGCUGGGCGCAUCUGGGCCGCGGAGGGCGGGUUGCGCGGCGCGGAGAAGAGCCGGCCUGAAGAGAAGAAGAAGAAGAAGCCCUGAGGGAAGAAGGAGCGCCAGGCCUGAGGAGAAGAUCCCGGCCGAGAAGGCCCGCCUCGCCUUCCCGCCUUUUUUGGGCCGCCCAGGGCUUCGGAAGGGCAAGGAACGAGAGAGGGGCCCGGCUCGUUACCGUUACUCUGAGGCCGGCCCUACUCUUAGGCAGAGCAAGGCGCUUUUCAGGAAAGGCCCAAACAAUGCAUCUGCCGGCGUUGGCUGCUGCGCCACGGAGCUGGCAAGCGCAUCAUGACAACAUGGGCCUCUGAUGGGUCUGCCGCCGAGACGUUCAUUUCCCGCGAUGUACCAUUCCACCCGAGUUUGGACUCUCCUGCUGUCCCGCUUGGCUUUUCCCUGCUGAACGUUCACUGCGCUGGGAGAUGGAUUCCUUUGUGGUGGUCACAGAGUACAACCCGGCCCCUGGUCCGCCGCAGAGUGAUCUGGAGGAUGAAGAGCCCAUGGAGCCGUGCGAGGAGCAGCCGGCCCAUUCCGUAGGACUAGGAGACCCUCCAAGGACCCCUUCGAGAGAGGCAAGGGAGCCCCGUGCCAAACUCAACCUCUCCAGUCGCAAGCUCUCUCUCCAGGAGCGGUCUCAGUCGGUCCAGUCGCCCGGGGGCAACGCGGGAGUCAACGGACGUUACAUCUACCCGUCUCUCCCAUAUUCUCCCGUGACUUCGCCCCAUUCUUCGCCGCGACUGCCCCGGCGGCCAACCAUCGAAUCGCACAGAGUUUCCAUCACAGGUUUGCAGGACUGCGUGCAGCUCAACCAGUACACCCUGAAAGACGAAAUUGGAAAGGGCUCCUAUGGAGUUGUGAAGCUGGCUUACAACGAGAACGAUAACACCUACUAUGCAAUGAAAGUCCUUUCCAAAAAGAAACUGAUGAGACAAGCAGGGUUCCCGCGCCGCCCUCCCCCUCGCGGUGCCAAGCCACCCCUGGAAGGCUUCUGCCAACCCAAAGGGCCCAUUGAGCAGGUCUACCAAGAGAUUGCCAUCCUGAAGAAACUCGACCAUCCUAACGUCGUGAAGCUGGUGGAGGUGCUGGAUGAUCCCAGUGAAGACCAUCUAUACAUGGUGUUUGAGCUGGUCAAAAAAGGGCCUGUGAUGGAAGUGCCGAACCUCAAGCCUCUGACCGAAGACCAGGGCCGGUUCUACUUCCAGGACCUGAUCAAAGGCAUUGAAUACUUGCACUAUCAGAGGAUCAUCCAUCGGGAUAUUAAGCCUUCCAACCUCUUAGUCGGAGAAGACGGACACAUCAAAAUUGCAGAUUUUGGCGUGAGCAAUGAGUUCAAAGGCACCGAUGCCUUGUUGACCAACACGGUGGGCACGCCGGCGUUCAUGGCUCCAGAAACCCUCUCGGAAACCCGGAAAAUAUUUUCUGGAAAGGCUCUGGAUGUUUGGGCGAUGGGGAUCACGCUCUACUGUUUCGUCUUUGGGCAGUGCCCUUUUAUGGACGAGCGGAUCCUCAGUUUACACAGCAAAAUCAAAAGCCAGAUGCUGGAGUUUCCAGACCAGCCAGACAUUUCGGACGAGCUGAAGGAUUUGAUCACAAAAAUGCUGGACAAAAACCCCGAAACCAGGAUCACCGUCCCAGAAAUUAAGGUGCACCCCUGGGUUACCAAAAACGGAGCGGAACCCCUCCCGACCGAGGACGAGAACUGCACGCUGGUGGAGGUGACCGAGGAAGAGGUGGAGAAUUCGGUCAAGCACAUCCCAAGCUUGGCCACGGUGAUCCUGGUGAAAUCGAUGAUCAGGAAAAGAUCUUUUGGGAAUCCGUUUGAAGGGAGCAGAAGAGAAGAGAGAUCCCUGUCCGCGCCAGGCAAUCUGUUGAUAAAACACAAAGCAGGACAUGUGAAAUAUCACAUCAGUCAAAGCAGGAAGCAAAGCAGCGAAGACAACCUGAAGUGUAUCAGCGACCUGCCAAACGUGGGCGAGGAGGAACUGCUUUCGUGAAGCGUGCCAUUCCCGCCGGCGGCACGGCUGCUUGUAUUUCUCCCGUGUCAACUCUUUUAUAAAGAACGGGUCUGGGGAGCGAGAGCACCGUGGCGCUGCUGGGGUUUCUUCCCGGACUGGAGCGUCGCGAUCGUUGUGCAGCAUGCUGUACAAAGCAGACUCGGCAGAAUCCGUCCCUGGAAACCGUCGCUGGAAGGCGUCCGACACCAAAAGUGGGCCUGCUCUCGGACACUAUCUGGAGCGAGUGCCACUCAGGAGCCACUCCGAAUGCCUGGUGCAGCUUUGGCUGGCAAAAAGGAAACCCAAGGAGGUUGUAUUUGCUUCAAAAGAGUGCCACUUUUUGGCCUGCUUGCAACUUGCCAGAUUGCCCUGCGUUUUUCCUCGCUUUGGUGUUUAUUAUGCCCUGUUCUGAUUGGUUUUUUUUUUCUUAUUCCCGCAUGGAAACAUAGCAGACAAAUACGCCACAUCAGGGGCUUUUUUUUGGUUCGUUUUUGGCCAACGGAUAUGUCGCUGCCGUGUCCGAAAACAGUCGUUGACAAAAGAAAGCUUGUCCGUAGUCGCAAGAACGAUGGCGGAGUUGCCUUUAAGAUUUGACGUCCUCCAGAAGCGUGGUUUCCUUUUUGUGUCACUGCAAAGGGCUCAAACGUUGUGGAUGCUGGGAGGACCUGUCCCGCUCUUGAGGCACCACCUUGAAAACUUAGUUGGAUUUUUUUCCUCAGUUUCUCCAUCCGUCGGUCUGUACAGGGUUAUUGUUUUUUCUCGUCAUCAUCCGACACUUACGUUUUGUAGUUUAAUACAUUUUGCAGAACAAGCCCUGUGUUCUCUCCGAGGGAUGUGGUUGAAAGCAUUGAUAGGUUUUUUCCAGCUCACUACUUCGGAAGCAGAAGUCGCUCUUUCCCAUUCUGCUCCUCCAUCCCAGAAUAACUAUUAAUAUUAAUAUUAUUAUUAACACCCAUUGGCACACAACAGCUGUCAUGCGGAAGCAGACCUCUCUCAGACUCAGCUUAGGGUCCCAGAAUAACGAUUAUUAAUAUUAUUAUUAAAACCCAUUGGCACACAUCGGAUGUCAUGAGGAGGCAGACCUCUCUCAGACUCAGCUUAGGGUCCCAGAAUAACAAUUAUUAAUAUUAUUAACACCCACUGGCAAACAUCAGAUGUCACACAGAAGCAGACCUCUCUCAGACUCAGCUUAGGGUCCCAGAAUAACAAUUAUUAAUAUUAUUAUUAAAACCCAUUGGCACACAUCGGAUGUCAUGGGGAAGCAGCCCUCUCUCAGACUCAGCUUAGGGUCCCAGAAUAACGAUUAUUAAUAUUAUUAUUAAAACCCAUUGGCACACAUCGGAUGUCAUGGGGAGGCAGACCUCUCUCAGACUCAGCUUAGGGUCCCAGAAUAACAAUUAUUAAUAUUAUUAUUAAAACCCGUUGGCACACAUCGGAUGUCAUGGGGAGGCAGACCUCUCUCAGACUCAGCUUAGGGUCCCAGAAUAACUAUUAAUAUUAAUAUUAUUAUUGACACCCAUUGGCUCACAUUAGCUGUCAUGGGGAAGCAGCCCUCUCUCAGACCCAGCUUAUUGUUACGCGUCCCAAAACGAAAGGGAAACGAAAGCAAGCACGGUGAUCGUGCAGCUUUCUCUUUCGUGUCGCCUUUUGUUUUGUCUGAAAAUGGCAAUCUUUCGUUUUGUGCAGCCGGAUGGACGAUACUAAACGAAAAAACGAAUGAAACGAGUGCUGUGCACAACACUACCAUCCAGUAUAACCUGUGAUGGAAUCUGCAACAUUGAGAAAUGAUCCUCUCAUCUCUUUUUAAACCCUUCUAAGGAAAGAGAAUGUACUACUUUCAUGCUUUUUUCUGGUCAGGGAGUUUUUCCACGAGAAUAAGUCAUUUGUAUUGGUUAGUUUGAGUUUUUGCACAGCUUUAGUUGCUUCAAGGUGGUGCUCGUCUCUCCUUUUUCCGGGUCUUCUGACCAUUUCUGAGUCUUGGCUGACUCGCCGUCAUUCUUUAUUGCUGGACCUGGUUAUGGGUCCGUCCCAACCAGAAAUCCUUUCUAGGUCUCAACCUGCGCACAGAGGCAACAGGCUCAAGGAUGUCGAGAUGAAAGUGACGGAAGGUGUCAUGAGCGGUUUCUUGGACAGCGACAUGCACUUUUUGUCCUUUCUAUCAAUGCCCAAAACGUUCCUUUUCAUCCUCAUGCGACUGCGACAGAAAUCCUCCGGCGUGUUUCACCCUCUGCCCCGCGCUCUGUAAUAUCGCUCCUUUCUAUCUUCUCCCGACGAACGGCCGAGGCUUUGUAUUUCCGCACUACUUUCUCUCUACUAUGCAUUCUACUUGGAUCAGGUGUCAAAUGUAUGAUGUAUUUAACACUCGAAAUUCCCUCCCGACAAGAUGCCUCUCCAGGGAGGUUCCUUGUUCCAGCUGAAAUAAAGCGAGGGAAUGAUCA